AUGGAAACCGGGGAGCCUUCGGCUAGCGGAACCGCCGAGUGCGUGCCCCGCUGUUGCCACCGAUUCCCGCCUGCGGGCCCGGACCGCCCGCCGCGGCUCCGGGUCGCGGACUCCGGCUGCGGCGCCUCCCCCACCCCGGCCCUACCGCCCGCGUCUCCCCAGCUCCUCCCCUCCGCUCUCCGCCCCCGGCCGGCCCCGGGGCCGCGCUCGGCUGCGGGCGGUCCUCCCGGGUCUGGGCUCCCGUCUCCUCGGCGCGUCUUGGGCCCCCCACCCCGCAGAUCCGCAAGCUUCUGGAGACCGUGGCUUGACGCCAGAGGCUACAAGGAGGAGGGGGCGUCGCAGCACGCGGCGGGGGCGAUGCCGGACGACACCGGGGUGACCGAAGCCUCAGGAAAGCCUUCCCAAUACAGACACCCAGUCAGACUAUUUUGGCCAAAGUCAAAGUGUUAUGAUUACUUAUAUCAAGAAGCAGAAGCUCUUCUGAAAAAUUUUCCAAUUCAAGCCACAAUUUCAUUUUAUGAAGAUUCUGAUAGCGAAGAUGAUAUUGAGGAGCUGAUCUGUGAAAAUUAACCUGAUUAGUUACUUGUGAUGACAUUCAAAGCUUAUAGGAUUUAAAUUUAGUGUACAAAUGUAUCAUAAUCC